AUGCCUACCCAAGCUGAACUCGAAUCUCUGAAACAAAGGUACGCCGCCGCUGGUCAGGAACAUCUCUUCACCUUCUACGAGGAACUCGAACCUGAACAACAAGCCGCUCUUUUCAAUCAACUCGAAAAACUCGACAUUGAACGCGUCAACAAUAUUUUUAAAACCUCAAUCAACGCUUCAACCAACCAACAGCAAAACCUGGAAUCUUUGCCUGAUGAUGUGUUCGAUACUGUGCUAGAGGGUGACGAAGGGAAAAUCGAGGGAUGGAGGAAUAAAGGUUUAAGCGCGAUAGCUCAGAAUAAAGUGGGCGUCAUUCUAAUGGCCGGAGGUCAGGGAACAAGAUUGGGCUCUUCGGAUCCCAAAGGUUGUUAUGACAUCGGCUUGCCUUCUCGAAAGUCUCUGUUUCAACUCCAGGCAGAGCGCAUUUUGAGAUUACAAGAAAUCGCUCAAGAGUAUGCGAAGCCCGGUAACGAAGUUAUCAUUCCGUGGUAUAUAAUGACCAGCGGUCCAACAAGACCAGCCACCGAGGCUUUCUUUAAGAAGCACAAUUAUUUCGGAAUGAAAGAAGGAAAUGUUAUCUUUUUUGAGCAAGGCACACUUCCCGCGCUGACCAACGACGGAAAGGUGUUCCUGGAAUCAAAGUCCAAGCUCGCUGUUGCUCCUGAUGGUAACGGUGGAAUAUACGCCGCUCUCCGAAACGAAAAAGUCCUGGACUCCUUGAAAUCGAAAAACAUUUGUUAUGUUCACGCGUAUUGCGUGGAUAAUUGUCUGGUCCGAGUUGCCGACCCCGUUUUCAUUGGGUAUUGCAUUGAGAAAAAUGCGGAUUGUGGCGCGAAAGCCGUUCGCAAAUCCUCCCCCGAGGAACCCGUUGGAGUCAUCGCUCUUCGUGAUGGGAAAUUCAGCGUGGUAGAAUACAGUGAAAUUGACGCCGAGAUCUCGAAUAAAAGGAAACCCAAUGGACAACUUUUGUUUGGCGCUGCGAAUAUCGCUAAUCAUUUUUACACCGUGGACUUUCUCAGCCGCAUAGAGUCUUUCGAGGAUAAACUAGAGUAUCACAUCGCAAGGAAGAAGAUCAAGCACACUGAUAUUAGCACCGGAGAAUUCGUUUCUCCCUCCAAACCAAACGGCAUGAAGCUUGAGCUUUUUGUUUUCGAUGUUUUCCCCUUUGCAGAACGCAUGGCGGUACUUGAAGUUGAUAGGAAGGAGGAGUUUUCGCCUCUCAAGAAUGCACCGGGCACCGGCGUCGACGAUCCGGGCACCAGUCGAAAGGAUAUAAUAGAUCAACACGUGAGGUUCGUCGAACGCGCCAAUGGAAAAGUCGAGUCGGGUGAAACUUCUGAAACACUUAAUUUCGAGAUUUCCCCUUUGGUAUCCUAUGCCGGUGACGGGUUAGAAGAAUUGAAUGGGAAGACGAUCAAAACUCCCGCCAUCAUUAACACUCGGGCGGACCUGAAUAAAUUUCAAUAG